AUGGGGUUCAGGGAGAAUACAGGCGUUACGUGACUUGCGCGCUACCUGCUAUUGACGUCACUCAUCGGCGGCGCGGUAGUUUGGUUGUGGAAAGUGUGCGCGGGGGAAGUGUGUCACGUCAUUCAUAUGGGAGCAACGUGCGUAACACGACACAGAAAUGGAGCAGGAACGUAUCAUGCAACGGGUCCAGAAGGAUGUGCGGUCUUUACUCAUUGCUUCAAAAAAUGGGCUCUCCAUUCAGGAACUGGAACAGGAUUACCGAAUGAUGAUUGGUUCUCAAAUUCCACUAAGGUCAUUGGGAUAUAAAUCAACAAUGGAAUUACUUUUGGAUAUGCCAAAUGUGGUACAAAUCCAUACGCAGAUGGAUGGUACAGUAAAUCUGUCUGCUGUAGUUGAUGAAGCUACAAGAAAGAUUGCUGAUUUGGUUUCCUGUCAAAAAGAUCGCUCAACUGCAAGAUCCCGGAACAGACGUCGUAAUAUCAGACCUAGAUGUCCAGUCGAUCUGGUGAGACGAGGAAGAGUUUCCCCAGUGCUGCCCGCAACUGUAAAAAGCGAUCUGAGGGACUUGCUGUCCCUCUCUCCUUUACUACUUUCUGAAUUGGAAAAGGCUUUUUUCUCUCGUUUUGGCCGCAGCUUUCAAUACACUCGAUAUGGCUUUUACUCUAUGCUUGAAGUCCUUAGAUCUAUCUCUGAUAUUGUAGAAGUGAAACAAACCAGAACUGGAUCUUUGCUGGUGCUUCGGAAGUCCGAGACUGGACACAUAUCAGCUAGUUUGUGUGUCAAAAAGAGUCUUGAUUGUCAACCAGCAGCAGUUCCCAACAAAACAUCUUGUGUUUUUGAAAAGUGUUUAAAUGAACCACAAAGACCUGAAAAGAAACCAUCUGAGCCAGCAACAUCUUUGAAAAUUUCUCCUCCAGAAUUCCAAAAGUUCAGUUCCCAAGAACCACAAAGCAUAACAAGUAGCAGAUCUUUUCUACAUAGCUCAAGUAAUAAGGAGCCAGACGUAAAUCGUAAUGUAUCUUUGGGUGAAUCUAAAAAGUCAAUUGAGAAUAAAACUUCACCAGCAGUUCCAUCAAAUAAUGUUGUUAUGAACAAUAGUUUGGUGAAGAAUUCCGAGACUUUUGAAAGUCUGUUUACUAGAAUGUCAAAACCCGUUUCACAUGUAGAAGCAGAUCAUGCUAAUGCAUCAGAGCCUAAUUCCAGUGACCUAAAUUGGCUGGAAAAAAAGCUGGAAAAGGAGCUGAAGCUGUGCUUGGCACGGAAGGGAGCUGGGGGAAGUGUCAGUGAUGAUCUGAGGAGUGAUAUAAAGCAUGUGGUAAAUCAACAUUCAAAUGGGCUUAACAUUUCCCAACUCCCUACUGCAUUUAAGAGCUUUACAGGAAAGGACUUGCCAUUUAAGGAACUUGGAUUCAUGUCUGUAAUGGAGCUUGUUGGAUCAUUAGGUGACAUACUGUGUCUUGAAAGCACAGAUGAGGGAAAAGACUGGAAGCUGUUUGGCGCAAAAAAAGAAGACUUGGUAGAUGAAUUCAGUGCUGGACUACGUUCCACCAACAGCUCCUUGUCCAGCUGGAAUUCUACUCGGCAAUCAACUGCCCCUCUGAAACCUGUUGGGACCAUCUUUUCUAAAGUGGACGAAAAACUAUGGUGGGGUCCUUUGGAAUUGAAGGUGUGUUCUACUGAACAGAUUGACAUUCCCCCAGAUGCUGUAAGAAAUCAAAAAUUGCAUUGUUUGCCUCGUAUCAAACAUAGCCUCAUGAUCGGGGUCUAUGUAGAGAGCAUUGAAUCUCCCAGCCAAUUCUAUGUACGCUGCUGUGGUAAAGAUACUUCUGAAAAGCUGGAGGACAUGAUGAUAGAGAUGAGACACUGUUAUUCCAAUGAAUGUGUUUCAGAACGAUAUAUAGUGCCUGAUAACUGUAUAUCAGUUGGUCAGAUCUAUGCUCUCAGGGUUCCUGGAGACGUAUGGUGGUAUCGGGUUAUUGUUCAUAGUAUCAAGAACUCCGAGCUGCUUGAUGUCUUUUAUCCUGACUUUGGUAAUGUUGCCACUGUGAAAAAAAGUUGGCUGCGCUUCCUCAAGAAUUGCUAUAUGAAGGUUCCUGCCCAGGCAGUGCCAUCUUCUCUACCUUUUGUGACAUCAACCGAGGCUCAGUGGUCCACUCAAGCUAUAAAACGAUUUCGGCAGCUGUGUUCCUGCCUUCCCCUAGUAGGGCUGGUGCUGCAGUAUGUACAGGAUGUACUCGUUAUAUUUCUUUGUGACACCUCCUCUGCGGAAGAUGUAUAUCUGCACCAGCUUUUGAUUGCACAAGGCCUUGCAAAAAUGGAACAAGAGCAUGCAUGUAAAAAGGUAUCAAGAAAUACUUUCAUGCAUUACCUGACACCAUCUCAAGAGAAACCACAGGAGGAAUCAUCAAAGUCUUCAGUGCCAAGUGAAAGCAGCCAAUCUGAAGUUCUAUGUACCAAAGAAACUGUCCUUCAGGUUAUAGAUGAGGUUGACCCUGAGAUGCCAUAUUUGGAAGCAUUCCCCACAGACACAGAUGUAUGGGAUGAAAACUGGGUUUUCUCUGAUGGUGCAGGUGACAGUAACACCACUCCUACAAUUCCUAAAGUUGAAACACAAAAACAGGAGAACAAAAUCAGCAAAGAGCAGAAGCAGCCGUUCAAAUUUUGCAUGGAUUCUGGCGAUGCCAGUGUUGUUCAUCGUCCAUUGGAGGAAUUUUACAUCUCUUUAAUCAAGUCAAGCAAGUCACAAGAAAGUACUGACAUACAGCAGUCUUCCCAUACAGAGGAGCAGCAUUUGGCUGAGAAAUCACACAGAUGUACAGCAGAGCAGCUCCAAGGUGGUUCUUCAUCAAGUAUGCUUUGUGAAAAAAAACUAUAUUAUGAAAACAAGGACCUUACAUAUUGUCAGCAGCAGUCAAAGUGCAGUUUCAGCCCACUUAUAGGAUUUCAGAAGCUUCAGAUUCCUAGAAGUGCAACACCAGCGGCUUUAGGACCUGCAGCUCGACUUGCUACUGCUGGCAGAUUAUUGUACUGGGCCAGUGACUCACAUUAACAUGUAGCUUUGACUAUUGAGAACUCAUCCAAACUGUAAGCCGUGGAGCUGAAAAUUACCCUUUUUGUUACAGAUUGAAAUUGUAUUUUUUUUUCUGACAAAUUACUUGAGUACACUGCAGAAGAGUAUAAUUUAACCUCAGUUAGAAAUGUUGUCCAGUGCUAAUUUCAAAGGCCAAGAAGAAGUUGAAGGAGUUAUGGUUUUAAUGUCACCUUUUGGGUUUCUAUAUCUGUAUCAUGUGUGUUCUCACCGAAUAAGCAUGAUGGUAUAAUUAUUUGUAAACUGCUGUUCCCUGAAGCCUUGUUGUUGUUGAAGGAAACAAAUAUUCAAAGAAAAUCUGACUCUAAAAGGAGUUAAAACUGUAUUAACACAAGAAGUUAGUUAAUUUUACUUGUCACCACAAGAUGGUGGCAUAUCACUUGGUCAUGUAAAAGAUUGUGUAAUUCUGUUAAAUUAGUUCUGUUUUAUUUUUCUGUGUUAUAUCUUGAAACAAUCUUGAAAUACAAGUGUUCUCAGUAAUAAAUAAUUUGAAGCAAAAUAGAAAUGCUUGACUUGUUUUGAAAACUAAUUGGAAAAUUUGUUUACAAAUGACUAACAUAUUCUAUCAUCAGGAAAUGCAUUGGGGUGAAUGAAGACAGAAGAACAAACAGAAGAAAACCAAUUAAAGCAAAAGUGCAAGUAACAGAAAUCAAGACAUGAGUUCACGGGGCUUUCACCACGAGAGCUGACCAUCAACGUGAACAUUGUCGAUAUGCUCAUCUUAUUAAUGCACCUUAUUUUUACAGUUUUUUACUUAUUUGCUUUCCUCUUUUUUCCAGAUGGGAUCACUUACCCUGGCAUUGUUAUUAUUUAUCUUUCUAUUCAGACCUCUCCUAUUAAUCUUUUUGUACCAUAUAGUAAGAGGAGAGCACUCGGUAAGCAGCAAUCUGCUGUGGUUGUGCUUAUUUAAGACUACUUAGAUACACGACAUGUUUUAGGCCUUAUGUGCCCUUUCUUAAGUGUCCUCUCCUAUUCAUCUUCUAGUCUCCCAUUCAGAAAGCACAAAAUGCUUUAUUGAAAACAACCAUGAAAAUGACUAGUUUGAGAUUGUCUCAGAAUAUCAAUGUAUACACCGUACUAAAGGUUAAUUUAGAGAACCACCUAUUUAAAUGUUCCCCAGAGUUCUUGAUUUUGCAAAUCUAGGUCAUGUAAGGGGUAAUUUUCUUAAAGAAAGGCAGCAUGCAAAGGGCAAAAAACAGGUACAAGGUGCCCUUUUUUGCACUUUAAACACUGCCUUGAAUGUAGACCUCUGUUCUCCAUUUUGAGGGUGCAGGGCCCUAUGGCUGGCCUACACCCCAUAAUGCUAUGGUUCUAGCACAAGGUACAGCCGCUGUCACACAGUUCUGGCUGAAUGAGCACUAAGUGGCGCACUCUUGUGCAUCUUAUCCCCAGUGUUGUAAAUGAACCCUGUAUUGUCUGUUCAGACAUUGUUAAAGUGAACCUGUCACCCAGACACAAAAAGCUGUCUAAUAAAAGUCCUUCAAA